GCAACCCCCAGACUCGGAGCAGAACUUCCUAGCCCCCUCCCCGGGUUCCUCCACCUCCUGGGGCCCGGGCCUCGGGAGUGAAGGGGCUGCGGGAGUUGGGAAAUCAGGAGGCCACCCCACACAUAUCUGCGCAACCCUGGGGAAGAAGGAGCUGAGCCUGGUGGGGUAGGGCAGCUGGAGCCUGUCUCUACAACCGCAAGCUGAACCUCUGUGUGGCAUCAGCUCUCGGUUGGAGGAGGCAUCCCCCGCCCCGUGGCCGGGAGAGCAGCGGGUAGCAGUGGCCAUCAUGCACAGUGGUAUCGCGUACGUCGCGCGCGCCCCGCGCCGCCUCUGAGUCUGGGAGUUCCAGCCCAGGGCCCGAGAGCCUGCUCGCCCCCGCGGCCACACCAUGAGCCACGGGCCGAGCCCCCGGCUGGCCGAGUCCCCGCAGCUGUCCAAAGGCAGCCUCCUGACCAUCUUGGGCAGCCCGUCGCCCGAGCGCAUGGGGCCGGCCGACUCGCUGCCGCCCACGCCGCCGAGCGGCACGCCUUCGCCCGGUCCGCCUCCUGCUCUGCCGCUGCCGCCGGCGCCCGCGCUGCUGGCCGACGGGGACUGGGAGAGCCGUGAGGAGCUGCGGCUGCGGGAGUUGGAGGAGGCGCGCGCGCGGGCGGCGCAGAUGGAGAAGACCAUGCGCUGGUGGUCGGACUGCACGGCCAACUGGCGCGAGAAAUGGAGCAAGGUGCGCGCCGAGCGCAACCGCGCGCGCGAGGAGGUGCGCCAGCUGCGCCAGCGUCUCGACGCGCUCACCAAGGAGCUGGCGGGCGCGCGGCGCGAGCGCCAGGAGGCGCAGGGCGAGUGCGAGGCGCGGGGCCGCGAACUGGCGCGGCUGCGGGGCGCCCGGGGGGUCAUGGACAGGACGCCUGACGGUCCCGAGACCGAGCCAGAGAGGGAGCAGGAGCCAGUGCGCGACGUCGGGUCGGAGAGACCCACGGGCAGCCAGGAGCUGGAGCUGGUGGAGGGCCUGCUGAAGAGCAGACCAGAGGAGCCCGAGGGCUGCUGGGAGGCACGCAGCGUAGGGGCCGGGGCCUCACGGGGCAGCUCGGGCCGCCAGGAGCGUAGCCGACUGCCCUGGGAGGACACCGCCACCAUCGAGGAGGAUGCCUCCAAGUUGACUGCCCUGCGGCUACGGCUGGAUGAGUCCCAGAAGGUGCUGCUCAAGGAGCGAGAGGAUAAAAUGGCACUGAGCAGGAACAUUGAGAAGCUGGAGGGGGAGCUCAGCCAGUGGAAGAUCAAGUAUGAGGAGCUGAGCAAGACCAAGCAGGAGAUGCUCAAGCAACUCAGCAUCCUGAAGGAGGCCCACCAGGAUGAGCUGGGCCGCAUGUCCGAAGACCUGGAGGACGAGCUGGGUGCACGCUCCAGCAUGGACAGGAAGAUGGCGGAGCUGAGGGGCGAGAUGGAGCGGCUGCAGGCGGAGAACGCAGCCGAGUGGGGUCGCCGUGAGCGGCUGGAGACAGAGAAGCUGGGCCUAGAGCGUGAGAACAAGAAGCUGCGGGCACAGGUCGGGGACCUGGAGGAGGCGCUGGCCCGGCGGCGGCGGCAGACAGCCAGCGCGCUGGACUGCGACCUGCGGGCCAGCCAGGCCGCGCUCUUCGAGAAGAACAAGGAGCUGGCAGACCUGAAGCAUGUGCACAGCAAGCUGAAGAAGCAAUUCCAGGAGAAGGUGGCGGAGCUGGCACACGCCAACCGGCGGGUGGAACAGCACGAGGCAGAGGUGAAGAAGCUGCGGCUGCGGGUGGAGGAGCUCAAGAAGGAGCUGGCCCAGGCUGAGGACGAGUUGGACGAGGCCCACAACCAGGCGCGUAAGCUGCAGCGGUCACUGGACGAGCAGACGGAGCAAAGCGAGAACCUGCAAGUGCAGCUGGAGCACGUGCAGUCCAGGCUCCGAAGGCAGCAGCAGAACGCCCCCCUCUUUGGAAAGAUCCGCAGCGCUCGCUUUGGCGCCGAGGAGGCGGGGGACGGAGCCAGCGACCUGGACGAGGAUGAGGACCUGCAGAUCCAGGUGGCCUAGAGCUCCCAGGGCUGGGCAGGACUGGCCAGCAGCCCGGGCCCCCGGGUGCCCAGGCUGACCCGCCACUUGAACUGAUGCAGCUACCUGUGCUCGCUCUGGGAGCAGACCACGGUCCCUGCCACAGAUGACUUCCUUCUCUCCCACAGUGGGCAUCGGUGGUCCCACCUUACCUACACUCUGUGAAAGGGAAGCCAUGGCCUAUGUUUUAUAUAUAUAUAUAUAUUAUAUAUAUAUGUGUGUGUGUGUGUGUGUAUAUAUAUAUAUAUAUAUAUAUAUAUAUAUAUAUAUAUGCCUGGGGUCCUUGGACCCAUUUGGUUUUAUAGACACAGGACCACUCUGAGGCCCACUCUAGGUGCCGCCCCCCCACGACCUUCUUGCAGGGGGAGCGGGUGUCAAAGGAGGGCUGUUGGGGCCUCCACCCAGGCUGCCUCUCUGGGCCCUAGGGGUUGGGCGGGGGCUGUGGCUGUUCAUAGUACAAUGUGAUAAACCCAGUCUUUUGUAAUAAAUGGAGUUCAGGUUCUCGGGCUGGAGUCCUGAGAGUGUGGCAGAUGUGGGCACGCAGUGUGGGGGACAGACAGGAUCAGCCUACCCCUGGCACCGAACCUGAGCUCAGGAAUAUUGAUAUUAAGUCACUUGAGUGACUUAAUAAAUGAAUGAACGUGAGAAAGAAUGAAUGAAUGAACACUGGAACUGCUGAAUGGUCUGGAAUCCAGCUCCUUUGAGGGGAAGGAAAAGGGAUGGCGCAUGUCAAAUCUGGAGGAGACUUCAGUUCUGGCACCGGAUGAAUUCAAAUCUCUGCUCUGCCUCUUACUGGCUGUGCAACCUUGGGGAAGUUAAUUGCCCUCUCUGAGCCUUGGUUUCUCCAUCUAUAAAUUAGAUGUCUCAUAGAGCCAUCAGGAGAAUUCGGUGAGUUCAUCUGGAGCUCAGUAAAGGUUAGUUAUAAUUGAAAUACUUGAAGGUAUGCCCUGGAGAGGGGGGCUUUGCCAGCUGGGUUCUGCCGUAAGGGAUGAAGUUCAGACAACUGACUGGUGUGUGUUUACCCAGAGGUAGGUAUGAACACAACAAAUAAUCCUUUUAUCAUUCCCCUAGGCCUGCUCUAGGUAGUGAAAUUAUAGGUAAUCUUAUUUUUGAUACUUAAUUUCUAAACCUUCUAUAACCAGCCAAUUUAUAUUAAAUCUGGUGGAAAAGGUUAUUAAAAACACAGUAGCAUAUAUUUUUGAAUCUUCACAAGUUGAGGUGGCAUUUGAGACACCUGCCCUUGAUGGGAGUUUUACAUGAAUUCUUGGCACCAGGGCCUGCUUUCUGCAGGAGGGGGCCCUCUCAGAACUGUUCUAGCACGCGGGCCGUGGCGAGUUCCCUGUGUUCAGAGGUGAGUACGGAGAGGCUGGGCUUGGAUCAGGGGCCUGGCACCAAAGAGGAGUUAAAUUCAAUUGAUAGAAAAAAAAAAUUCAAUUGAUAGAAGAGCUCCCUGCCCCGGAGUGGGCAGCUGCACUAAAGGACUUCUCUCUUGUUGUGGCCCAGUCUGAGGGACCCCUGGGGCCAUGGUGCUGGGACCCAGUGGAUGCCACAAGCCCUGGGGGCUGAGAGGAGGGGAGAGACAGGCCCAUGAGCCCAGCAGGGGGUAAUAUGGGCACCGAACAUGUCAUGUCCCCUGUUGCCAAACCUAAGCUAACCAUGCUGGAGAGGUGGGGUUUGCUGUCAUGGCAAAGAGGCCCAUGUCCCUUCCUGUGCCCUGAGCAGGAGAGGAGGGAGUGGGCAAGACCCAGCCACCGGGAUCCACACCGCCACCCACCCCCGUGGGCCUUUCGUCACAAGCCAGGGCCAGCAGAAAAGGGAAA